AUGUCUACAACAAAUACACCCACCUCUAUUCAACGGGCCCUCGGCCAAGGUACCCCUAGCGACAGCGCAUCCCAUUGCUUGCUCGACAACGUCGACAUCAUGAACAGCAUGCCAACUCUCGGCAACCUUAUUGACCAUUCAGUCGCUCCCACAAUUAUCGCCCAGGCAUCUGCACCAACUCCCCGCCUGGACAGAUAUCCGCGCCGGCGGUCAACCCAACAAAAGCCCAUCUUGCAACUCCAACUCCGGCCGCAGGUGAAAGCUUUUCGUUCGACUUCGAAGCGGUCCGACAGAAGGCGAUCGCGUACCUACUGGCCUGUCUGGUACCAAAAACAGCGCCGGCGGGAAUACAAAGAGGCCGUGCGCAACAUGAAGUUGGAUGAAUUACGGCGGCUGGAGUUGAUGGAGCUCUGGGAGGAGGAAGUUUCUACGCUCGCACGUGAGAUGAACUCGCUCGCCCAGCUCGGCGGCGCUGGAAACACUAUCUCCCUUGUGAAGAGGAAGCGGGAUACCAACGACGAAAAGGAGGAGGAUGCCGAAGUGGAAGAUCAGAGAUCUGAGACAAUAGCCAGGGCUUCGCCGAUGAGAGAUAACACCAUGCUUGGAGUAUGGGCUGGACGACUGCGUUCAUGGGCUGUCAAAGAAGAACAGAAGAAGCUAGGAAAAGGAGGAGAAGAUCAGAGUGCAAGUGGCGGCCGUUCAAAGAAGGAGGACAGAGACAGGAAGUAG